GCCGCCAGUACCAUCUUUCCUAUUACGUCAUCAACAUGAGCCGCGAGUCUUGACAUUCAGAGACGCAUGCUGAAUGUUUUCAUGAGUUUUUGACCUUUACAUUAACGUAUACCUUUUCAGUAAAGCCGGGGUCUGCAAAACAUAAACGGUAACGGUAUGUCCACGCGUCAAGCCUCGGUCCACGCGAAAUGGAUCAUCGGUCAGGUGAUCGGAACCCGGAUGAAGAAGACGGCGAAGGUUCGAGUCACGAGACUUGUGCUCGAUCCGUACUUGCUCAAGUACUACAACAAGAGGAAGACCUACUUUGCCCAUGAUCCUUUGGAGCAGUGCACUGUUGGGGAUGUUGUUUUGUUGAAGGCCUUGCCGGAGAAAAGAUCCAAACAUGUCAACCAUGAACUGGAAGAGAUAGUGUAUAAAGUUGGGACGGUGGUCGACCCGCUCACUGGGAAGAGGGUUGCUGGGAAGCAGUAUUUGGAGCCUCUUACGGAAAGCACAGACGUAUCUUUAACGGAAAAACUGGAGCAACUAAACAUUACUGCCUCCACACCUCCUUCCGCCUCAUAGUAUUGUUUUUGUCUUUGAUGUAUGUACAUAAUUCAUGUCUUGAUUUUCACAUAAAAUAUAAUAACAC